UGGAAGCUUUGUGCCGGUGCACCUGCGAACCUUCAUUUCUUUGCCCGCUCGACCAUAAGGGCAAUUGAACUACUGUAAUUAACUUGCUUAUCUCAGCGUGAUAGCUGCGCGAUAAGCAGCAGCCUGCCUGGCGAGUGGAGCUGAAUUGCAACACAAAUGGCUGGGGAGGAAGUCGACUGGGACCAGUUGGACAAAAACAAGAUGUUUGUCUAUGGCAUUGGCAUGUUCUCGGGCGUGACAACUGUGCUGUACCCACUUUCCGUCAUUAAGACGAAACAAAUGACGCUGCCGGGAAUUGGCGGAGGCUUUAAGGGGGCGCGGCAAACGGCAACAACCAUCAUGCGCUCAGAGGGCGUUCCCGGGUUCUACCGUGGCUUCGGGACGGUCAUCUUCGGGACAAUUCCAGCCCGCGCGGUUUACCUCACAACUCUGGAGUGGACGAAAAGCGAAGUGGGCAAAGCCGUGGGCGAGAUGGGUGUGACUGGGCCCGCCGCAGCCGGCCUGGCCAACUUUGCCGGCGGCGCGCUGGCGUCCCUGGCCACCCAGUCGGUCACGGUGCCCAUUGACGUCAUCAGCCAGAAGCAGAUUGUGCAUGGCGAUGAGACGGUGGUGGCCCGUCACCAACAACACCGGGUGCCGGGGCAAGCUGCCGCACGACCGGCAGCUGCGGCGCCGGUUGGGCAAGGAAAGCCGGCGGCAGCGCAACCUGCGUCCUCACCGGCGGCAGCAGCAACAGCAGCAGCGCCAUCCGGAGCGGUUGACGCGGCAUCGGCGGCUGCGCGGAGUCCGGGCGCGGCCUCCACCUCUGGGCGGCCGGCAGGGGCAGCGGCUGCGCAGGGCGCUAGCGAGACAGCAGCGGCGGCUGUUGUGCGGCGGAUUGGGCCUGUGCAGAUGGUUCGGCUUAUUAUCAAGGAGGAGGGCCUGGCGGGCCUAUACCGCGGCUUCCUCCCAUCUGUGGCCACCUUCGUACCUUCCAGCGCGGUGUGGUGGGGCGCGUACGGUGCAUACCAGAAGAUGAUAUGGUCGCUCCUGUCGGACAGCGGCAGCGGGCCAGCUGAGUCGGACGGGGAGCUCCAGCACCGGCCGCACACCACGGGGACUGUGGUCGGGGUGCAGACGGCGUCGUCCGUGCUGGCGGGCUGCACCAGCAGCAUCGUCACUACGCCGCUGGACCUAAUCAAGACGCGCAUCCAGGUGUCCUACAAGCACGACGGCGCCACGCCCUCCUUCAUGGACGUGGCGCGGCAGAUCCUGCGCGAGGACGGCGCCGCGGGCUUCCUGCGCGGGGCGGUGCCGCGCAUGGUCAACGCGUCGCUGUGGGGCACGUGCAUGGUGUCGGUGUACGAGCACCUCAAGCGCGUGUGCGCCAAGGACCCGGAAGAGUAGGCUGACUCGGGGUCUUGAAUGAGGACGUGUCUUUGGCAUGUGAUCGGGUGUUGGGAGUGUGGGCGUGUGCGGAAGUGCUAAAGGUGUGGGAUGGAGCGCAUGGUGGUAGGGGUGCUAGCGAGCUAUCUAGCUGAGCUUGCGGCGGCCGAAAUGCCGCUGGGAACUGAAUGAACAGCAUGGCAGCAGGAAUAGAGGCUUGCUCCAGUGUCUGGGAGAUGUAAUAAUAGCGCAGGUGAGGGCUGAAUGUACGUAGCCAAAUGUUGAAUGUACGUAGCCAAAUGUGAAUAGGUGAGAUCUCAGGUACAGAACGAACUAGCCACUGGCAGGCGGCAUCCCAACUCAGGCACGUCUGCUGCAGGGCCUCACGCGUUGUGUAAUCCGGUGAUGCU